AUGUACUACCGAGCAACAGCUGUUGAGCCUUCCACACCACCACCACCACACCUUUUUCAUUCCACAUCCACACCUCACUCCAUGAUAACACUCUUCUCUCAAUAUUUAUCAUCAUACUUGUUUCAAUCCAAUAAUAAUGGGGCAUGGCUCAAUGAAUGGUUUCGUUGUGAUUAUAGUGUCAUUUCAUCAAGUGCUCCGAACAAUGUUGAUUUUUGUGCAUGGAUUUCCUAUCUCUAUUUCAUUCUCAUCGUUGUAGCAAUAUUGGUGGUAUUAGGAAUGGUCUUGACAUUGUUUUUAGGAAUUUUUUAUGUCAUGAGAAGAGUGUGUGGACUGUGUGGAUCAGCAAAGGCAGCUCAUAAAAACUAUUCAUCUCAACUUGUCAUGGUUGUGAUUUAUACGAUUCUUGCAACAUUUAUUGUAGUUGCUAGUUUGGGUGGAAUGGUCUUUACCAUUACGUAUGGAGUGGGAAGUGGUCAUGUCAUUUCUACCACAUUUAAUACCAUUUCCAUGACGAUUGAUCAAUUUACAACAAGUGCUAAGGAUAUUACAGGUGGUACUGGUAUUGUCAAAGUCUUUGCUCAAAAUAUUAAUCAAUUAUUCAAAGAUAAUAUUUAUCCUUUACUGAAUUCUACCAUGAAUGUCAAUAUAGCCAUGAUGCAAUUACCAAUCUCUCUUUUACAAUCUCAAUUAAGUGAUUUAAAUUCAAUUGUUUUGAAAUUACAACAAUUGAAUGAAUUAGAACAAGAAAUUAUGACAUCCAAUAAGGAUAUUUUAGAUACAUUGAAUUAUCCAUUUCAAUCAUUGAAUUCAUCAAGUUCACAAUUACAAGUUGCUAAAUUUCCUCAACAAUCUUUUCAAUCCAUGAAUGAAUCAUUCUAUUCCACGUUAUAUCCAAAUAUUAUGAAUCAAAUUGGAAAUGAAAUGAUGAAUCAAAUCAUACCAAUUGCAGAUGGAUAUGUUUCUGUAUUGAGUAAUUUUAAUAGUACAGAUAGUAUGUUCACGUUGUUACAACGUAAUUUAGAAAUGGUCAUUGGUAAUGGUAUUCUAAAAAGAGGUGCAUCCAUCUUUGAAGGAGUGAGAUUGAGUGUGAUUGGAAUUGGUUUCUUAUUCAUUCUCUCUACUUUUGUGAUAUUCAUGUCAUUGAUUUAUCGAAGAAAUCCAAGAGCAGCCAAAUGUUCCUCAUGUUGUUCCUGUAUUCUUGUAUUUUGGAUGUUUUUAUUUGGUGCAGCGAAUGUUUGUGUCUUUAUGAUCCUUGUUCCGUAUUGUCGUGAAGGUCAAGAUAUUUUUGAUCCUCAACGAUUACCUUCUCAACUUCACAACACAACCUUCUCGAUUGGUCUCAAUAUUACCAAAAGUUUAUUGAAGUGUCAAGGAGAGGAAACAUGGAUUCAAGUGGUACAAGAGGUGGUGGUGGUUUCGUUAAAGAAUGGUCAUGGUAAUAAUAAUCAAACACUACUACUCAUGGAAUCUCUCAAUCAAUAUGUGAAUCAACUCUUUGGAGUGUUUCAAACCAUAACCAAUUCGAGUAGUAUGAUUCCAAUCAUGAAUGUAACGAGUGAUGCCUUUAAGAAUGCAUUAUCACCUCUUGGAAAUGAUAUUUUAAAGAAGGGAAUUGAACAACCAAUGAAAGACAUUUCAAAUCUAUUUUCAAAACAAGUAUUGGAUGAUUUGAAAGAUAUUUCAACCUAUUCUUCUCAAUUCAAAAUGAAUACUUUUCAAAAUCUAAUUCAACAAUUGAAUUCCAUCACCAAGAAUAUUACCAUUCCUAAUGAUCAAAGACUUGAAUUUUAUUAUGAUACUUGGAAUAUUUCUACAUUCAAUCCCAAUCAAUAUCCAUUCAAUAUCUCUGAACAAUACUCUGAAUUGAUAUAUGUCUAUGAAAAUCAACAUUUAUCAAGUAAUACGACCUUGUAUCAACGAUUAACUCUGAUUCAAUCUCAAUUAAUACUCUACACGAACACAAUGAUGAAUUUGACUCUAGAAACACCAAAUACUCUCUUUUCCUAUACUUGGAAUACUCUCUCCAAUACUUUGAAUGGUAUGAAUCAAGUCAUUUCCAUGUUUGAUCGAAUGAAUGAAGCAUGGAUGUAUUUGAAUGAUGAAGGUCGCAAUAUAUCACUACAUCGUGUGAAGAGUUCCAUUCAACAAUUCGUGCAAUAUCUGAAAAGUGUCUUUUUACAGGCACAGUGUGGUUUCAUUGGUAGUAACAUGAAAUCGAUUCAUUACCAUACUUGUCAAGUCAUGAAUGUGGGUACUAUUGGAAUGGGUGCAUGUGCCAUUCUCAUUGGAUUAUCAUUACUUGUCUUGUAUCCUAUUGGAUUGAUUGCAUCGAAACGUUUAGAUGGAAGAUCUUAUCAACCAUUACUGUGGAGAAAAUCAAAGAAUGUUCGUGAUAUGGAUAUUAAAUUAUUAGAAGAGAGAGCAAAUGAAUUGACUCAAAUGGAUGUGAGUAGUAGUAGUGGUGGUGGUGGUAUUGGUGGUAGUGGUAUGGGUGGUGGUAUUGGUGGUGGUAUGAGUAGUGGUGGUGGUGGUGGUCAUAGCGACACUUACAGUCGUGGCACUGGUGGGUUAAGUCGAAGUGGUAGUAAGGUUACGAGUCGUGGUGCAAGUAGUAGUAGUACGACUCUCAUCAAGGGUUCCAAACAACAACGUUAUGCUUAUUCUGGUGUUGGAGAGGGUGACUCGGAUGACAGUAGUGGUGAGGAUGAUGUUGUCGAAACAGUUCGAAGAGGUUCAAAGAGAUUUUAA